CCCGGAACAUCUUCAGACGCAGCAAGCGCAUCUCACUACUAUCUACAAUAGAAAUAUCGACUUUUUAUAGUAUUCAGUUUACUGUCAGUAAUAAUAUUAAGAGAGAGCGGUCGAAAUAUCAAAUAUUAACGUUGUAAUUGCGGAAAUAUGCUGAGUGUACCGCAGCGCAAGAAGCUGGACGCGCUUGGCUUGCACCUUGAUGAACAACAUCGAGUAAUAUUGUGCAAGAUAUGCAAAUUCGCAAUCAAGCCAGCUGGCGAUCGAGUGUCACGACAUCUUGGAGAAAAGCAUGGCAUCUCUCGCAAAGCAUGAGCUGGACUAUGCAAGCUAAUCACAAUACUAGAGCUGCCCGAUCCUGCUGCACUGACACCAAGACCCGACAGUGUACAGCCGCAUCCUUACCUUGAAAUACGCACCUGCUUCUCCUGCAAGUUGUGCCAGUUUAAAACGUCUAGUUUCGAUCUCAUUAGUCGCUAUAUCCCGAAGCAGCAUGUCGAAAUACGCCGCCCGGGUUCUAAGGGAGUUUGGAUCUGCGACUAUAUCGACAACACGAGCAGUUUUCAGAGCUGGCAAGCGAAUAACAUUACCAAUACAUAGCGCGUCAAUAUCGCUAGUAAUCCAGGCAGCGAGCUUUCUGGUAUUAGGAGGCUUGCCGCGAAUGGUACGGAUGCACAGAGUAACACUGUCGACCCACGUCAAUCACUUGUGCAGCGACUGAGAGAUGAGGAAAUGCAAUCUUCUGUUCCUAGGGUUACUAAUAGUAGUGUUAAGGAUGCCGCAUUGUCGCAGCCAGCGCUCAUGACGAAUUGGAUGCGCCGAACAAGAUGGCACCAGACGUUCUUGGAGGCAGAUCGUCCUGCACUCGUUGCCCUCUCGAUGCUCCCAAGCCUAUACCAACAACAACAACGCCCGCUACGUGUACAGUUGAGCAAUGGCGCAAUACUCGAGAGCCCAGCGCGAGAUGAGCAGAGGCUGCGUACUAUGAUGUGUGCAGUGGAUCGACUGAUAGAUCGAGCUGGCGAGACUAUACGCAAUACAGAUGUUGCGGUGCGUCGUUGGCUUCGUGGCCGUUUUCCAGACCGACCAUACAAAGCACCAUUUAAGCUAGUUACCAGUACACAUGCGGAAACACAGUAUCGUCGGCUAUUGAAACGCUGCAUCUGUGUUUGGGUUCGUCUGUGGCACAUGCCUCCGGCGGUAGCGCGUCUGGUGGCCGGUCGCCCUGUGAUAAUGGAGCAGCGCUAUGUACUACAAGCCUUAUGGUGCGAUGUAGACUGGGAUGCUUCUGUUCUGGAUGAAGAUAGGAUGGCUCUAGAUGACGAUGACAGCGAUGCAGCGAGUGAUAGAGAGAGCGAUACUGAAUUUGAAAGCGGCGAUGAGAAUGAUAGUAUAUGCAGCAGUGACAGCUUAAGUGAGAGCUCUACAUUCUCUACAAGCAGUACACUCCCAACAAACAGUCAAAACAGUGGUUAUCCCGACCAUAUCAACAAAACGACAACGCUACCAGAGGAUCCAGAUAAUCAACUGGAUGCGCUGCUUAGCUUCUGCCUCUACAUGGUGAAGGAGGAAGUCCACGAUGGGCAGGCAAACUCAACGAUGAUUGGAUUUUUCAGUGCUAUAUGUGGUCUCUCGCUGCCUGAUGGCAAGGAAUAUCUACGUCCAGCACAGUUUACAACACAUCUAGCAGGGCUUAUAUACUGUAUUCGCUUGGUCGUUAUUGAGGCAACCUUGCCACUGAGAGAGCAUAAAUCGAUCCAUCUUGCAGCGCGACCCUCGUUUGGUCAGCUCCAGCUACUACAGACCAUAAGACAGCCGUACCUUUGCGACGGGACUAUGUCGUCUAUGGGAGAGCUACUGAGCCUUCUUGCGUUCGGUUAUGCUCAUCGGAGCGCAGAAGGCCCAAGCUUUAUAUUUGAAUGGAGCGAUGAUAAUGAGACCAUCUCAUGGGAUGGUAUUGGUGCUGGCAAUGAAGGCAUUCCGUGGUUUCGUGCAUGAUCUCUUGGGCCAGGCGGAAGUGCUGUCAGAAAAGCUUCUAUAUGGAUGGCAGAUGCCGUCGAUAGAUCUCUCUGCUAUUCACGAUCGACUCUCCAACAAAGCUAGUGGAUAUUCAUUUCUAAACAAACCUGCCAAAAAACUUGAACAUGCAUAUCUUGAGGUGUUCCAAGCUGCAAGUCUAUCACCACUAGAUGCGCUACUUCGGCCUGAUCAGAACGCGACAAGCAGUGGAGAGUGGGACACCAGAGCUGCCGCACAAUACGUUGAACAGCAUGACCACCAUUUGAAGCAGCUGAUGUUGCUGAUCAACUUGUGUGGAGGACAAUGGUGCCGCAUUUCAGAGCUACUAACUAUUGAACGAGUCAACACGGCAAGCCGUAUACGCGGUAUUGGCUUCUAUAAAGGCGAGCUUGCUACUAUUAUACGACAUAGUAAAACACGAACAACAACGAACAAAGAGUUUGAAGUCGCCCGCUUUCUACCAAAGCCACUGACAUUACUAGUAUUUAAAUACCUAGUCUAUAUACAUCGAGUUGCGGUUAUGAUCCAGAGGCGAUGCUUCCAUGCGCCGGAGAGUAACAGUAGCUUAUUAUUUCAGCCACUAUCAGCGAAGCGCUUGUGGUCAGUGGCAACAUUCUCCCAGGAACUCAAGUACUACACAGCAAAGUACAAAGAUAUUGGAUUUUCAAUUGGCGCUCAAAUUGCUCGGCAGCUAUCUAUUGCGAUUACGGAUCAGCACAUACCCGACGCCAGCUACACAUAGUUAGGGCGUAUCAACUGUGGUGGUAUUGGGUUCGGGGUAGGCGGUAGUGGGUAUCUGGGUAGCAUUCGAGUCCAUUUUGGGAAGCGAGUGGGCUACUGCUUGAAUCUACCCAGGCUACCCUACAGAGAUCGUGGUUGGGUUACGGAUUGGAUGUGCAUGCUGUUUGACGUAAUCAAGCAGUUAUUAUAUAAACAACGUCUCGUACUGGACAAUUGAAGUAUUUACUCAAUUUUUGUCUCGCAGCUAGAGUUGUGGCUGGCAGCGGGUCUGGUCGAGUACAACUGGAGGUUUCCUGACAGGUGAAGCUGUUGUUUUGGUUCUCCGAUAUAUCCAAAUUCCUUGUAGCGACUCAAAAGAUUAUAACGGUGAAGCUCUUGGUGUUGCUAGCGAGACGGAUAGCGAGUCAGAGUCCGAACGAAGAGGCCGGUGGCGCAAGAGCCGUUUGCGUGCCGAGUACUGUGACCCUGACAGUGCUGUCUACGGGGGCACUA